AUGAGUAAUUAUGCAUCAGUUCAUAACGUUGAAUCAUAUUUCGAGUUCAGAAGCCCUCCUAGUACCAAAGUUAUCAUUGCUCGGACAGAACAAAUAAAGCUGGUCGACCGUCCGGGCGUGGAAUUAUGGCCCGAAGUGGUCGUCACGAAUCAAGAGUUGUCAGGCUGUCUGGGGAUGGGGCGGUUCGAAAGACUAAAACCUAGUAAAAUUGCGGUACCUGGAAGUGCCUAUCGCAAUACAACGAGUCGCUUCGACUGCCCGUAG